GGACUAAAAAGGCUUCAUAGUCUUUUGGUAAACAAGGCCGGCUUCAUAGUAUUAUCUUUAUAAAAUAUAAGUACAGAAAGACGUCUCCUUUAGAAGGUGUUUUUCUUUUCUAGAAUCAGCCAAACACUUGCAUUCCAUAUUCAUCGGAGAUGCAAUUCCUUUCUACUCAGAAGCCAGAGACGCACCAUGAGGACUACCACCUACUUCCUGAUUCAGAAUCUGCUUUGCCUGUAGAAACUGAUCUGAAGAAUGGGAGAAGAAGGAAAGGAGCAUCACAUGUGGUGGCCACUGAAGCUGAAUCCCAAAAACACAAGCUCCUAGAAGGUGCUCCAGUUCAGAGAAAGGCUUAUCUCAACAAAUAUGCACUUGGUGGUGCUAUUUUGGCUUCUACAAACUCUAUUUUAUUGGGCUAUGACAUUGGGGUAAUGAGUGGUGCAGUGCUUUACAUCAGGGAGAACCUCGAUAUUUCAUCAACACAAAUAGAGAUCUUGGUGGGUUCUCUAAAUGUGUGUUCUUUAAUAGGAUCACUAGCCUCAGGUAAGACUUCUGAUUGGAUUGGGAGGCGUUACACCAUUAUCCUAGCAGCAGCAACAUUUCUAAUAGGUGCGCUUCUUAUGGGUCUCGCCCCAUCGUUCCUGUUUCUUAUGCUUGGAAGGGUUGUUGCUGGCAUUGGUGUUGGCUACUCUCUUAUGAUUGCCCCAGUUUAUGUAGCUGAGCUAUCCCCAGCUCUAACACGAGGGUUUCUCACUUCCCUCCCUGAAGUCUUCAUCAAUGUUGGAAUUCUGCUUGGUUACAUUGCCAACUAUACUUUAUCAGGUCUCCCAGAGCACAUAAAUUGGAGACUAAUGCUUGGACUUGCAGCGCUGCCCGCUAUUGCUGUGGCACUAGGUGUAUUGGCAAUGCCAGAGUCACCAAGGUGGUUGGUUGUGAAAGGCAGGUUAAGUGAAGCAAGGCAAGUUUUGAUCAAGACCUCAGAAACUAAAGAAGAAGCUGAACUGAGACUUGCAGAAAUAGUGAAAGCUGCUUCCGUUUUUAGUACAAGCCCAGCUGAUAGUUCCUCUUUGGGCCAAGCUGCUUCUUCAAGUAACUGGCGUGGACAAGGUGUUUGGAAAGAGUUAUUGUUAAGACCAUCUAGGCCCGUCCGCAGGAUUCUCAUAUCUGCAAUUGGGGUUAACUUUUUUAUGCAAGCCUCUGGCAAUGAUGCAGUUGUGUAUUACAGUCCAGAAGUGUUUAGGGGCGCUGGGAUUCACAAUAAGAAACAACUUGUAGGUGUUACAGUCAUCAUGGGUAUUGCCAAGACUUUUUUUGUUUUGGUAUCAGCCCUCUUCUUGGACAGGUUUGGUAGAAGGCCCCUAUUGUUGUUAGGCUCAGCUGGCAUGGCUAUCUCACUAGCUGGGCUAGGCCUGGGCUCUAAGUAUUUGGAGUAUUCUAAUGGCUCACCCGGCUGGGCGAUUGCUUUGUGUGUGGUGGCUGUGUGCGCUGCUGUUUCCUUCUUCUCUAUUGGGCUAGGGCCCAUAACGUGGGUUUACUCAUCAGAGAUUUUCCCAUUGAGGUUGAGGGCCCAAGGUUCAAGCUUGGCUAUAUCAGUGAACAGGUUGGUGAGUGGGUUGGUGGCCAUGACAUUUCUAAGCAUUUCUAGGGAGAUAUCAUUUGGGGGAAUGUUUUUUGCUCUUGCGGGAAUAAUGGUUGUGGGUACUAUUUUCUUUUACUACUACUUGCCAGAAACGAAAGGAAAGAGCUUGGAAGAGAUUGAGGCUCUCUUUGAGGAUGAAGUUGUUGAGAACCCUAAAGUCCUUGUUUCUUAGUACAAAAAUUGACCAUAUUACAUACCCAAGUUAUGCCUACUUGCCUUUAUUUUUUUUUCAUGUAAAAAUUAAAAGUGGACAACAAAUUCUUCUUGAGGGUGUUGUGGGCUUGUGGCAUGCCAUGCCAUCUUUGGUAUUUGGGAAAUUUUUUUAGCAAAUAUGUAGAAAAGGAAGGGGCUUGAUUUAGUGGAAUUUAUUAGUGGAAUUCGAAUAGGA